AUGACUGCUCUCCGGAACCCAAAGGGAACAGCCAUUGCAUCGAGAAGGGGGAUGGAGAAAAUCAUCCACGACUUCUACUCUGAUCUCUUCGACAGCCAUGUCCACUUGCCUCCUCACCAUCUGAGGGAAGAUGGACAAGUCAUUCCAGAGGUUCUCCCGUCCGAAAUACGACAUGCUAUCAUGUCGGUAAGAAAUCGUACGGCACCCGGUCCCGAUAGAAUAAGACCAGAACACCUGAAGAGCCUUCCGCCAGUACUCAUCAACACCCUGGCGAGGCUCUUUACACGUUAUCUGUCGGAAUGCAAGGUUCCUAAACAGUGGAAGACCAGCAAGACCAUGUUGUUGUAUAAAAAGGGAGAUCCACAUGACAUCGGCAACUAUCGCCCAAUCUGUCUACUGUCCGUCAUCUACAAGCUCUUUACAAGAGUAAUCCUUAAUAGGAUUGAAAAAGUCUUGGAUGAAGGACAGCCAUGCGAGCAAGCAGGGUUUCGAAAAGGAUUCAGCACGAUUGACCACAUUCACACUGUUUCGAAACUCAUCGAGGUAUCACGAGAGUACAAGAUGCCGCUCUGUCUCACCUUCAUCGACUUAAAGAAGGCUUUCGACUCGGUUGAGACGGAAGGGUCGUGGAAGCCUUGGACAACCAAGGCGUCCCUACUCAAUAUAUAA